AUGGCUCCUCCGCCCACCAAUUCCCCCGAACGCGUCGCAACAAUCAUGCUAUCAUGGCACUCCCUCGAACUCGUCUCGUGCAGCACCCUGCAGACACUAUGGGCAGGAUAUGGACGCAUCUGCGCCAUAACAGCCCGGGCAACCACCGAAGAUGCAGCGCGGAAACUCGACAAGCUUUGUGGGCUGAAAUCGCCAGUCGUGGGAACCGUAUACCCUCUCGUCCUCAAGCUCAUAUCGCCGCCAAGGCAUAGCGCCAACAAUGGGGAUGAGGGACACCUGCGGAAAAUGCUGAGCUAUGAAGUAGAACAAACUUUCUAUAGUGAUGUGGUUCCGCUGCUGAAGGAUGAUAUUGGUGUUGCGAAGUGCCUUGCCUCGACGCGUGGCAUGCACGGUGAGAGUGAGAGCGAGAAGGAACUUCGAGGUCUGAUGGCUACUAUUAUGGUUGAUCUGCGCCCGAAGUUUCCUGUCGCCGGGGGGAAGAGGAGCGCGCUGAACCGCACACAAAUACAGGGGGCACUGGACUGGCUUGCCAGAUUCCACGGUCGCUCGAUGGGGUUGAAGUCGGACAUCCUUGAUGACUGUCUCUUGCCACCCCUUGAAGAAUCUAGUAGAAGGCAGAGCACGGGAAAGGCCGGGAACAGCUUAUGGCUCAAUGGGGGAUAUACAUAUCUUGCAACACGAAGUAAAGAGUAUGCUUCUCUGGUCGAAGACGACUCAGAGUGGUCAGAAGCCCUAUGCACCACUUUCGAAGGCUCCUCAUUGUCUGUAGCCGAGAUGGCUGCACUUUUUCUAACUCCGUGUGGAAGACCGAUUGAGUCGUAUAUCCAUGGCGAUGUCAAGUCGGAGAAUCUAUUCACCACUACUAACGGAGACGAUGUGGCAUUCUUUGAUUUUCAAUACGUCGGACUUGGCCUUGGAGUGUGUGACCUUGCCAAGCUGUUCACGUGCUCGGUUCCUCUACAUUUGCUUGUUGAUGGGCAUGAGCCCUUACCCGAUCAACUGACGAUGCGUGAAGGAGAAAGAAAGUUGCUGGAGCGGUACCGUGCUACUCUCCUCCAGAAUGAAACAUCUGUUCCGUAUGAAUGGAAUAUUUUUGAAAGACACUGGGAGACUGCCCUGGUUGACUGGUGUAGAUUCCAGGCGUCUUGGGGCUUCUGGGGAAACACCGAGUGGCUCGAGGCUCGCGUGAGAUCAAUCCUGAGCGACCAGAAAUGGAGAGACUGGCUCCAUGAAAACACCAGUGGUCGCGCAACUUCUAAAGAAACUAGACCGAUUAGAAUAUAA